UUUUCCACCUUCUUCUUGCUGAUAUUACAAAAGAGUCUAUAUAAAGGCGGUGCAUUAUUUCAGGUCGAUUAAGCAAACAGUGCAAUUAUACGCAAACGCUGUUUCUUGAAAAUCUCGGGAAAAUGACUAAGUUUAUAAUAGGAGCUAUUCUGAUUGUCCUUCUGACGACAGCCAGUUUCACCCAGGCAUUACCUCAAGAUCAGGAAACAAGAGAGCUGGAGGCGGAAGAAGUUGAAGAGUGCGUAAAUGGCGAGGUCUUUCUUGAAUGCGGUUCCGAGUGUCCCGAGGCCUGUUACAACAUUGGUCAGUCCAGGGCCUGCGGCCUUAGUUGCAAGACAGGCUGUUUCUGCUCCGAGGGACUGGUGCGAAACCCCGAUGGGGACUGCGUGCCUCCGAGCAAGUGUCCGGAUCUGCACUAAAUUGGCCUCGUUGUAAUUCAUAAAAUGCAAAUUCAUUAAAGCGAGCGAAAGACAAAGGA